UACCAAACGAGUAUUUCUGCUCCUCCAACUGCCGUGAAUUUUCCACCAGGGCCGCAAAUCGCAGUCUUUGCUUGAAAUUAAUGAGCAACCAUCUUCAGAGACCGUGGACUAUCGUUUCGCAGUAUCUUUCAUUUACCCGUCGCCCCUUCAUCCAGCGCUCUCACUCUCCGGCUCAAUUGCUUUCUUGACAGGAAACGGUCCAAUAGCCGCGGCCCCGCACCAUCGUCUCUCUCUCCAGGCGUCACGGGCAUCCCAAUUCCGCUUCCCCCACGAAAUCUGCCAUCAGCCACCCGAAUCCAGCAAUCCCACCUCCUCCCGGGAAGCGCUCUCGAUCUAUCGGUUUCUUCGUGACAAGCAUCGCCCCCAGUUCCUUCCAGACUAUAGCCCAGCACGACUUGGAGAAUCGCCCCUGUCAUCCUGGCUGAUUCCUUCUCUCUCUCCAAAACGAAGCCUGCCACUUUUCCGUCCCCGGCAUUUCUUCCCACCAACGUUACACCAAACCUUCUUUUCUUCCUUUCGUAUCGCCUGCGCCCCGACACACACACACACGAGUCUCUUCCUUAAGACGAGGAUAGAAAACAAAGAUCCGUCGUGCUAUUCGUCGUCGCCGCCGCCGCCUACAUUUCCUCCUUAUCAGCCUUUCGCUUCCUAGCCGCGCGCUCGAUCUGACGGAAAAAGUUCGCCCUGGUCGAAGGAGAGAGAGGGAGAAGCCGCCUGCUCAGCGGCUGGGUCUGAAACAAUCCAUCCUCGAGCGUACGACCCCAAAAGCCACACCUACAAAAUGAGCAACUACCCAAGACGAAGCGCUCGGAUAUCACAUCUACAAGAACAACAUAGAAACAAUCUUCCAGCGCCUUCAUUUGCACGCGGUUUCUCACAGUCUUCAAGCACAUCGACAAGUUCGCACCCAAGUCCUGUCAGUGACGGCCUUCAAGCCGCGGAGCCGCAACACGCACAAGUAUCUCAGCAGCCUCAGCACCAAAUGCAAUCGCUCUUCAUGCCUCUCCAACAACAACAGCAGCAGCAGCAACAACAAUCCUACGCCCAUGCUCCUUUACCUUCGCCAUCGACGGCAGAGUUGGAGCCAUUUUUCGCCCGAUCGCAUUCUCAACCAAAUCCGUACUCUUCUCAGCAAUCCCACCUCAGCUUCCAGGCUCAGCAACGACAACAAUCGUAUCAGGGACCAUCGCAACAGAAGGAACAACCUCAGAUGCAUCACCAGCUACAUCCACACACCAAUUCCAUGUCGCAAGAGCACCCCAUCCACGGACAGGCACUGAAUCCAGGCCAAUUGCCACCUGAUUUUCUUGCCGAGGCAGCCAAACGCGCCCAGAUUGCCUGUCUCAUGAGAGAUCUGGGUGACGUCUCGCUAUAGACAGCAGCAGCCGCAGCCGCCGCCGAAACUCAGACCAACAGUUUUUCUUUUCGCGAGACACGGCCAUGAAAACGCUAAUUGUCUGCAACAUACAAAUUGUUGCUGGGGUCGUUUUCGGGAUUGUUUGUCGAAUCAUGAGGCAUUCAUCUGAUAAACAGCACGCAGUAAUCUCCUCAGCCCACGACUCAAAAAUCUACUCUCCGAGGGUGGAAAAUUAAAACGUGACAUGUCCCUGACAUAUGAUGACACCACUCAGAGCAUAAUCUCUCUUUCUCCGACAGAACAUCACCACACGCGAGUUGGUACCACAUCUCGAGUCUACCACGCAGAUGGUUGAAUUUCCUACUGCAAAGGACAAGUUUUUGUCUUGCCUCCACACUCAACCACACCACAAUUUUUUUUUAACUCACGCCUUUACGACCAUAUACGCUUUACCUCGGGGAUUUAUUUUCAUUCUCAUCUCAGCUCAUUACCUCGUCUCAUAGCUUUUGUCGACAUUUCUUAUUUAUUUCUUUAUACCCCUCCCCGACCAAUCCGAUGAUUAUGUUGCCAUGUCAAUGAUAAUAAUAAGGGAACGAACGUCCGAAUGUCCAGAUUCAAAGCUUGUCCUUAGACCGACCUCGUUUUAUUUUAGACGGAAUAUACACAACAAAUCGGCACCUACUUGGCUUUUUUCUUUUUGUUUGUUGCGCCUGUCAAGGGUUCUUAUCAUAUGAGAAUGUUUGGUUCUUUGGACGUUUUGGUUUUUGGGCGAUAUUCACAUGUUUUUUUGUUUGGACACUGGGUAGCGGGAUUUCCCUCUUGGACGAUGCAUUGCUUCGGUGUGAAAAGAUUUGGCGUUCAAUUCAGAAAUGACCUGGGGAAAUUCUUCUUCCCCAAAGGUAUGAAGUAGUCCCAUAUUAAGUAUCAACGUAUGAAGUAUCAAGUUGGAUUACA